AUGAGCGAUGACGAGUUUGGGUGGUCCUCGGGAGACGACGAACAACUCGUAGCCAUCGCGACUGACAUUCAUCCAGUUGCAAAGCGAAAGCUCAAGGAAAGCACUACAGCUACUGAACCGGUACCAGCAAAGCGAAGUAGAUCCAAAAAGGUCACCCCUCCCGAGCCUUCGCCCAAUGUACUUCUUGCGAACAGCAUUCUCAAAGAGCAGUUUGGUAUCGAUGGCUUUCGGUUAGACCAAGAAAAGGCUAUUACGCGACUUCUCGAUGGAGGGAGUGCUGUUGUUGUGUUCCCCACCGGAGGAGGCAAGAGCUUAUGCUACCAAGUCGACGCACUUUUGCGUCGUGGUAUCAAAGCCGCAGUACUGAAUUCAUCCAUCUCACGCAGCGAGUUCCUGGCGACACAAGACGAUCUCCGGAAUGGACGCCUGGACCUCAUCUAUUGUGCACCAGAGCGACUCAACAGCGAAGGAUUCACGGCUUCUCUUAAAGAUAUUCCUGGGGGUAUUCGACUACUUGCCGUUGACGAAGCACAUUGUAUUUCCGAAUGGGGCCACUCUUUCCGUCCCGACUACCUCAAAAUCGCGCGUUUUGCCGAAGAAGCCCAGGUUGAGCGAGUAGUGUGUUUGACAGCAACAGCAACUUCACAGGUUGCAAAGGACAUUCGUGAUGCUUUUAAAAUCCCCGAAGAAGGCUUGUUUAGGACGACCAUGUACCGUCCCAACCUGCGUUUACUGGCCGAAGCCAACACAAAGGAUACCGACUACGUCGAGAAACUUGUGCAUCAUCUCAAAAAACACACCGGCCCAACCAUUGUAUACGUCACGAUUCAAAAAGCCACGGAAAUGCUGGCCGCGAAAUUGAAGAAGCAAGGAUUCAAUGCCAGGCCCUACCAUGCCGGUAUGCAAGCAGAACUACGCACAAAGACGCAGGAUGAGUUUCUUACUAGCAAAAACAUGGUUGUUUUCGCUACAAUCGCAUUCGGAAUGGGCAUCGAUAAGCCAGAUAUCCGCAACAUCGUCCACUUUGACAUACCGGAUAGCAUCGAGUCUUACAGCCAGCAAAUCGGGCGAGCAGGUCGAGACGGCAAGCCAAGCGUAUGCAUGUUCUACCUGGCUACAAAAGAUUUCUACCUUCGCAACAUCUUCACCUACGGCGACCGACCCUCGAUUCGCUCGUUACGGUUACUAAUGCAAGACAUCUGUACACCGGCCCGAGCCCAACUCAAAGCCGGCGACACAUUCUACGUAUCCCUCUACACGCAAUCGAAAGAUACGGACAUCAAGAGUAUAACGCUCGGUAUUCUCUACGCCCACAUGGAACUCCACUUCCACCUCUUCCGUGCCUCGGGCACCCUCUACACAAAAUACACCUACACUAUCAAAAACCCCAAUCUUAUCUACCGCGACACCUCCCCCACUGCUGCCGCCAUCCUCGCGGGAUCCUCCACAGCCGCAAAAUGGUCUUCCAUCGACCUCAACGACCUCUCAGUCAUGACCGACAUCCCCCGCGCCGAUCUCGUCCGCAAAAUGGACGAAUGGAACGAAAGCGACGCCAUCACCUUGAAGAAAGAAGGCGUACAAAACAUCUACCGCCUAGAGCGCCCAUUACCCUCCACCCCCGCUGAGAUUGACGAGAUAGUCCAGAAACUAGAUGAACGCAUGCAGGAAAAUGAGAAACAGAAUUUGUCCCGUACAACGGCGCUGCUCGAUCUCAUCACUGCCGACCGCUGCUUCUCCGGUUCUAUUGCUGAGUACUUUGGCGAGGCCACGGGACUCAAGGAGGAAUGCGGUCAUUGUACUUGGUGCGAGACGAAGAAACGCGUCGUCAUGCCUGAUGAGCCGCCUCAGCCACCGGAUCCAGUAAAGGUGAAGAAGGUGCUGGAUACGAUUGGUGCGAGGGAUGAUCCGAGGUAUUUGGCUAAAUUGGCGUUUGGCAUCAAGAGUCCGCGUAUGGCGGCGGAGGGCGUGUAUAGGACACCGGUGUUUGAGUCGAUGAAUGUGUGUGAUUUCCCGGAGUUGCUGAGGGUUUUCACGGAGGCGUGCGAGAAGGAGGGGAUGGAGAGAGAGCGUCAAAGGCAGGCGAGAGCAGAGAGGGAAAUCGGAGUAAGAGGUGGAGGUGGUCAGGGGAGGGAAGUGUCUUGGACUUUGGGUUCAUGA